AUGUCGUCGAUCUACCCCGAGGCCACGAACAACCAUCAAGAUGAGCAAGCCUUUCUGUCCCGUGCCGCCAGCUACAACCACCUUCCCGACCUCGCCGCCGAACAACCCUGCCCUCCCAGUCUGCGAAGGACCUUCUCCGACUUGACGUAUCCAAACCAUUCCGAAUCACCGUCCAAGGAAGAUGUAGCUGCUGGGAAGGAUAUCUUGCGCCGGACCUCCCUUCGUUCCAAGGAGAAAACAACCAUUGCGGUCUCGCGAUUUACGGUUUCGAGCGAAGACUUGACCAAUCCGAUGGACGGGGAAACCCUGGUUCCUCCCGCCGACGUCCCGGAAACGCCUCCCCCGGUCGUGGAGGCCCAGACCACAGAGACACGACCUCUAGAGGCCCAGGCCUCGGAAACGCCAGCCCCUCCGGAACCUGUCACCCGCCCCUCCAAGGCGCGCUCGAUGUCCGGCAGGCUCGUCAGCUUGGCCCGGAAACCUUGGACGUCAAGCAGCGCACCGCAUCGUUCGCCCGCCCCGUCCGCGAGAAGUGCUCGAGUGCGGGCCUUGCGCACCGACGAGCCCUCACCACCAAGCUCGCAAUCCUCGUCUCCAAAGACCAGCAUUCAGCUUGAUACCGCUCCGGGACCCGAUCCCGCCACCCCUUCUCGCAAGCGGACGAUUCUGAACAAACGCCCUCGGCGUCCAACGGUAGCUGUCGUGACGCAGAGCCGGUCAGACAGCCCCGGUACCCCUAGCAGUCCGUCGCCGCAUCCGCUCUCGACGAAGACCUCGCUGGAACGACUCACCGCCUCUUUCAAUGUGUCCACCCCGGUGCUGCCCCCAAUGCCCAAGUUGCCGCCCUCUGCCGCCAACGCCCACGGCGGCGUCGAUGUCCCACGGAAGAAGGACGAGCUCUGGGCUGUCUUUCGUGGCCUCGAGGCUGAUUUUCAAAAGUUCCAAGCAAAGUCCAGCGCCUUGAAAGCCAAUGUCAUUCGCUCAUCACUACUACCAUUUCUUAAUCGUAAUCAUUCGGAUCCUUCCUAUAAAUCUCUACGCCCGGAAGACCUGGACCGCCGAGUCAACAUACUCAACAAAUGGUGGACCGGGCUACUGGAGAUGCUUAAUGGCAAACACAACCAAUCCAUAUCAGGCACGGACAGGCCGGUCUAUCUCGAGGCUGUAGUUGGGAUUAUGACCCGACCGGAAUGGAGGAUUCCGUUUCCCGUGCCCCCGUCCGGCGGAAGGUCGCCCAAACCGUUGCAGCACGCCUCGACUUCUAUCUCGGAGAGCUCGGAAGGCUCGUCGGGCUCCGAUUUCCUCGUCGAAUCCAUCCACCACAACAUUCGGAACAUCUUCACGCAGAACCUACUUUCUCAGAUGUCGUUCGUGGUGGAACGGAUGUCCAUGAGACACGCCCCCGCUAGCCUGGUGGCAUUCUGCGGGAAAGCUUGCGCCUACGCCUUCUUCUUCUGCCCCGGAGUUGCAGAUAUCCUUGUGCGCUUGUGGAACACGCCGCCCAGCGUGUUUCGGCGAAUCUUUGCGCAGUCAAAUGUCGACCGAAGCAACAGCACGCGCGCGUUCACCCAGGACCUGGCGUUGAAUUUCCCCGUGGCUCUGCGAUCACUUGCUUUCCACGCACAUACUCCCUUGGUCCGAUACCUCCGCCAGAAGCCUGACGUUCCUCUGAGCACGGCGCAGCUCCCGUGGCAGAGCCCGUGGGUCUCGCGGUGGUGCGGCCGUGACUCGGAUCUCUUCUUCGUUUUUGUCAAGUAUAUACACAUUUUGUAUGCCGAUGCCCUGCCUUGCGAGCUCGAGAAAGGGCAGCGGCUUUUGGCGCCAGGUUUGCUUCCGGUUCAUUCCCAACUUCUUGUCGUUCUCGAGGACACUUUGUACAAGCAGUCCAUCCCGCAAGCGCCGGAAAAUACGCACACGGCCGCUGCCAUUACAUUCGACGACUUUAUCGAAGGCGCCGAUGCGGCUGUCUCGGCUCUUCCCCUGGGAGCUGCCAACAGUCACCGUUCAAUGGCCGAGAAUCGAUUGAUUAUUCUCCUUCGAGACUUUCUCUCCGAGUCUUCGGUCGAGCCAAAACAAGCCCGGCUUUUGUACGCCGAAUCAUUUUCCACAAUCAUGAAAACGGCAGCCCAGAUGACGUCGCUUUUUGACCACAAUGCAUGCUUCUUGCUUUGCGAUUUUGUGGAAGAAGUUGUCCCUAUCAUGACUCGCUUCUCGCGCACAUCGGAGGAACCCGAAAUUUUUGACUGGAAAUUCUGGCAGCAAGUUUGCAAGCAGAUGAUUCAAAGCCACAAUUCCCUGACCGAAGUACGGGUAUUCUCGUUUCUCUUCGCCAUCUGGAGUCCGUGGACUGCUUCCGAGGAGCGCAAGGAGGAUCUCUGCCUCGGCUUCCUCUUGCAUGAACCCUUGUUCUUUCACUAUUUCAAUCACUGGAGCCCUAUGGUUCGUGCCUAUUUCCAUCGCCUGGUGUGUUGGAGGCUAGGUAGAUUUAACGGUGAUCCAACUCCUCUCGACACGAAAAUCUAUGAGACGCUGUCGGGUCGACUGCUUCGGAUUUGGCGGUAUUUCCUUGCGUUCCAAACUCGGGCCGAAGAAUCUGCCACCGCGCUGCUGUCUUCUGCCCCCUGUACGCCGGCACCGGGGCGCAGGAUCAUCAUCAUCCGAUGUGAUAAUCCUCUAUCCCCAGCAAACCUAUUCGUAUCUUUCGAUCGUGUUGUUCCUCCUGUUCCAUCCGAGCAAAACAGCUCUACCAGUAACACCUCUUCACAACCCGCCGAUCCCACUCCAGCUCCUGAAAUUCCUCCGCCCCCUAAGAAACGAUGGAAUCUUCUCAAAGCCAUGUUUGGCGGGUCGUCAAGCGCCAAAUCAAGCGGAGAUAGUUCGCCUACAAGCAGCUCCGACGAGUCCGACACCGGUGGAUCGGACACCACGGUGGCAGCUGAUAAGUGCCUGGAUGGUCACUGGCGCCCUAAGAGUCACUCGGGGGAGCUCGCUCGUCCCAAAACCGCCCACCAGCCGUACUCCUUCAAAUUCUCUCUAGAAUGGAUGGACCGGCCUCAAUGGCCUAGUCGGAACAAGCGUCUUUACACUCCCUGCAUCCCAGUGGCGGCUCAAUUACACUUACAACUUCGGAGCUCAAUAGUCAAAUCCGACGACUCCGAAUCAACGUCAGAUUCCGCAUCCGCCGGACAAACCGAGGAUGGAAAGAAGAACGACUUGGCGGCGGUUGACGACACAGCUAUGACUGGAUCCGACACUGCUUCGGCAUCUGAACAAUCAACCAGUGAGCCAGACCUUACGCUUGCGUUAAAGGACACUCUCGUGGCAAGUAAGUACGCAGGCCGUGCUCUUGCCGAAUGGGCGCAAAUUGUGUCCGAAUGCGAUAGCUUCUUCUCUCGGAGGCGUGACGAAGGUGUCCCUUGCGAUCGGAUGGUCGAAACCCCAACGCUGGGCGUUGAGAGUUUCAGAAAAUGA